GGCUGGGAAGACAGCAGAGCUGAGAGAGAGAGCAUUUUUUCUCUCUCUAAAGCAAAAUUACGUAAUUGUUAUGAGAUUCCGCCUGUGUGGUAUAAUCGGGGUCAGCUGAGGAUGGUCGGGGAGGGUCCACUUGCUGUUGGACAGGAGGCGGCCCAAGCAGCGAACACACACACAGCCCCGCUGGUUCAAGUGAGGAGAGGCGACGUCCUUGGCUGAACUUUGCGCGCGACGUUACAAAUAGAGUCUGCAGCGUCCAAGUGGAGCACAGCGCGCGGGCGACGAGACAGCGCGAUAACACCAAGUAACGCCGGCUCGAUCUCAUAACUACAGCGCUCAGUGGGGCAGGGAGAGGAAGGUGGGAGACGACAGAGUGGGACCGUAGCGGGACGGAGCAAACACAACACACACAGCUUCUUCCGGAGUCGGGAAGGAAGAGAGAAUAUUGUUGGAGGACGGAGAAGGAAAAUUGUUUACAGACAUUCUUCUCGCACAGAUCUGAGGUGGCACUGUUGCUGCGAUCUCCGACCUACGUCGCAUCGGCCUUUUUGAAGAAGAAUUUGUUAACGAUAAAAAAAUAAUUAAUGAGCGCUCCUGUCAUGUUUGACGAGUCUCAGCAUUUGAGGAUGUCGCAGGAGGGAGGCGAUGUGCGGACCAUGCACUCCCCGGGCGGGCUCUCUCCUCUGAGCGGAGGAGAGGAGGGCGGAGGAGGAGGUGGCAGCCCGCUGUCCUUCACCGAUGAGGCGGUGUCCCUCCUCACCUCCAGCAGCCUGCUGGCCCACUCCCUACUCGGCCGCGCCCCCGCGGCGAAGCGCAAGGCCAGCCCCUCGUCCAACGCGGCGCUGCGCCGCAAGCGCGAGUUCAUCCCCGUGGACCAGAAGGACGACGGCUACUGGGACAAGCGGCGCAAGAACAACGAGGCCGCCAAGCGCUCGCGGGAGAAGCGCCGCGUCAACGACAUGGUGCUGGAGAACCGCGUGCUGGCGCUGCUGGAGGAGAACGCUCGGCUGCGCGCCGAGCUGCUGGCGCUCAAGUUCCGCUUCGGCCUGGUCAAAGACCCGUCCAGCAGCCCCAUGCUGCCCCUCGCCAACCCCGCCCCGCAGAGACCCAGCCCCUACUACCUACCCAGGGCGGACCACCAGAGGGACCUCCCGGGGGCCGUGGCGGUGGUGUCGCACCCCCACCACAGCCAGAGCCUGCGGCCGAUCCGGGACCCCGGGCAGGGCCACCUGUCGGAGGACUCGGGGUUCUCCGGGGGCUCCAGCGUGGGGAGCCCCGUGUACUUCGAGGACCGGCUGAGCGACGGCGAUAAGCUGUCCCCGCGAGGCGCGGCGGAAGACCUGGGCUACGAGCCGCACCACUCCCCCCCCGCCCCCUCCGCCGCCGAGGGCCACAGGACCCUCACCCCGACCGCGCCCCCCGCCUUCUGCCCCGCGGACGGCAUGAAGACCCUCCCCCACAAGCUGCGCUUCAAGGUCCCGGGCUGUGGGGACGGCGGCGGCGAGGGGGGGGCGCUCGCCUCUGCCGCGUGUCUGGCCAAGGGUCCCGGGGUGAGGGGCUUGUGGGUGCACCCGCCGGAGACGACGGAGGACGGAGCCGGGCGGGGGGGGAGGCAGACCCCGCCGGGCGGACCCUCCCUGGGGGGGGACUACCAGAACGAGAACAGCGUGCUGCGGUCCCAGCUCAGCUCCCUGAGCGAGGAGGUGGCCCAGCUCAAGAAGCUCUUCACGCAGCAGCUCAUGGCCAAGCUCCACUGAGGAUCUGAACUCAAAGGCAGCCGAGACCAGAGAACUCAUCACGGUGUACUGGAGAUAAUUUGUCUAGACUGAAAUGGACCACAUCAUAACUCUGUGUGGGAAGCCAUACUUAAUGGACAAAUGUCUAAGAAAAGUCUUCUGUUUGUCAGUUUGGUUUUAAAUAUUGUACUGUUGUGUACUCUGUGCUGUAUGUUUUCUGAUAUGUUGUCGGGAUUUGAUUCGUCCUUCACACACUAACUUAUUUGUGUUCCCAUCAUUGGUUUGUCACUGUACUACAGAGUCUUAACUCGAAAUGUAUUAAAAAUCGAUUUGUAGUUUUCAA